AUGGCGCACGCCAAAGGCGGCUUUGGCAUGAAUUUAACAAUCGACUCGGACGAAGCCGGGCCACAUGUAGCUGCCGUCGUUGAUUACGACGGUCCCAACGGGCUGGUGGCGAUUGAUGGGGAAUUCGUAGCGACUGUGUACCAGAAGAGCACGAGCGGGAUGCGGCUGCAUUUGAGUGAGAAGGUGUACACUAUGAGAGAGUUUCCGAGGGCGAGGUGGAUUCAUAAGAUUACGUGAGGGUUGGCUUGGGGAGUUGAAGAAGGUCGGUCAUGCCAAAUAGCAGUUUUCUUUUUCUUUGCUUUUCGGUCACGACGUAUUCAUUGAAGUGCUUUUACCAUGUCAGCAUUAGGAGGCCGAGUCGCGC